UUCAUUAAAAUAAAAAUGCCUUUUCAUGUGAUGUCCCUUUAAAUAUCUUUGUCCUGACAUUUUUUCCUUAACUAAUAAGACAAUUUUAGCAAAACUGGUUCAUCUGGGCUAACAAUGAAGAUUUGGUAUGUAAGUAUGUUUUGGCAUGGGGAAGUAUAUCAGUGACCAGUAUAUAUUUGGUACAGGAAGUAUAUCAGUGACCAGUAUACUUAAAUAAGUGCACAGCUCAGUAAAUAAAGAACUUGUUACUGGUGGAAGACUAUGGAUUGCUUUGCAAAGCUUUGCCUGAGUAAGGUUUAUAUAGGAGCUGUUGGUAUUAGUUAGCCUUUGGCUUACAGUUCUAGUUGUCUUAUCAAUGUGAUAAAAUAUGGCUCAUUCUAGUUCAAGUUUGAAUUUUCACUCUACAAAGAUUCACAACAGAAGUCACUUUUUUCAAAAACACAUUAUUGCCGCUGUAGCCUGUCCUUUUUAUUUAUUAGACCAGAAUCUUGAAUCCAAUACACUGGAAUUUACAUAUGAAACAGCAAGAAGUCAAGUCAUCUCUAGCAGGCUGCUGAAGGUCACCAUGACUGACCUUGACCCUGCCAUGACCUUGCAGGUGUAUACCAAGAUAUUGGAGUCAGACCUAACAUUGAUGUUGUACCGUGCCACCAAAGAUGAAACAGUGUCUUCAAGAACAGUACAACAACAUGGCAUUCCUAUACCAGAGGGCAGUGCUGACAUGCUGAUACUGGAGGGGUCUCACAAGUAUUUGAUUAUAGCAGUUCAAGAAGGACAGACCAUCGCAGCAAAUGAUAUAGCAGUUCAAGAAGGACAGACCAUCGCAGCAAAUGAAACUGAUGUCCCUUUUAUAACCACCAAUGUAUCUGUCAGAAUUGGCCCCUACAACACUGCGUGUGGCUUCUACGAUAAUGCCAAGGAUCAGUGGGCAACUGACGGCUGUCAGGUACAUAUCUCAGGAAUCAGUGGGCAACUGAUGGCUGUCAG